AUGCAGGCGAAUGGAACGCUGAGACGGAACCAGUACUCGUGGAACACCAACGCCAACCUCCUCUUCAUUGACACGCCGGUCAAUGUGGGCUUCUCCUACUCGACAAGCUUCAACUCCGCAAACUCCACAAACUCCACAAACUCCACCACCACCACCACCGACGACCUCCGCACGGCGGAGCUAAACUACGCCGCUCUGCAGUCCUUCUACCGGAAGUUCCCCCACCUCCUUCAGAACGUGCUCAUUCUGGCCGGCCAGAGCUACGCCGGCGUCUACCUGCCCACCCUGGCGAUGCACAUCCUGGAGCGGAACUUUCCGCCCCACUUUCGCGGCAUCUCGCUGGGCAAUCCGCUCCUCGACCACCGCUACGUCGUCCACUCGCCACUUCAGCUCGGCCACGACCACCGGCUGGUCAAUGAGACCGUUUGGCGGCGGCUGUUGAAGGAGUGCAACUGUGGCGGCGGUGAUGAUAAUAACUCCCAAAACUCCAGCGACAGUACUGACGCCAUCCUCUCCUGUCCCUUCCUCCCGCUCACCUGGACCAGCUCCUCGCUGCCCGAGCUGGAGCCGCCCACCUGUGACGCCCUCUACCACCAGAUCUACCUGCACCUGUACAAGCUGGCGCACAACGCCUACAACUACCGCCAGAGCUGCGCCACCCGCGAGGACACCUUCAUCUGUCGGACGGAGCGCGACGAGGCCGCCUUCCGCUGGCUCAAUCGAGCCGACGUACAGCGGGCGCUUUCCGUCGAGUCUCCCCCGAUGGAG